AUGGACUUUGAUGAUACUUGGCACCCUGCCACCCAUCCCUCAGGAGCGGUGCUUCCUGCUGUGCUGGCUCUCAGCGACAUGAUGCCUGCCAGCAGCAAACCCAGUGGCCUGGACUUCCUGCUGGCUUUUAAUGUUGGCAUUGAGAUCCAGGGCCGUCUGAUGAGGUUCUCUAAUGAGGCCCAUAACAUCCCCAAGAGGUUUCACCCUCCCAGCGUCGUGGGCACCAUGGGAAGUGCAGCAGCCUGUGCUUGCCUCUUGUUGCUGAGUCCAUCCCAGUGCAGUCAUGCCUUAGCCAUUGCUGCUUCUCUAUCAGGAGCCCCAAUGGCUAACGCUGCCACUCAGUCCAAACCCAUCCACAUCGGCAAUGCCUCCCGUUUGGGGUUGGAAGCUGCUAUACUGGCUUCCCAGGGACUUGAGGCAAGUCAGCUAGUCCUGGACGCUGUUGAAGGAGUCGCUGGUUUCAAUGCUUUCUACAAAGACUACGUGCCACAGCAUUUGGAGUCACCUAAUGACAACGAUGGCCAUGUGUUCUUGCUAGAAGAGCAGGAUAUGGCUUUCAAGCGCUUCCCUGCACAUCUUGGAAUGCACUGGGUGGCAGAUGCUGCAGCCUCAGUCCACAAGCAUCUUGUGGGCUUAGGUCCUGGCACUGUGUCUCCAGCUCAGAUUCAGGAAAUCCUGCUCCGAGUUCCCCUAUCAAAAUACAUCAACAGGCCUUUCCCAGAGUCGGACCACCAGGCCCGGCAUUCCUUCCAGUUCAACGCUUGUAGUGCCCUCCUGGAUGGUGAAGUGACCGUGGAGUCCUUCACCCCUGCUGCCAUGGCGCGUCCUGAGCUCCUUCAGCUGCUUAGUCGGGUCCGUGUGGAGCACCCCCAUGACAACCCAGCCAAUUUCAACCAGAUGUAUGGUGAAGUCCAGAUAGAACUUGUCGGGGGGGACAUCCUAAAGGGCCGCUGCGACACCUUUUAUGGUCACUGGCGCAAACCACUGACCCUAGAGAGCCUGAGAAAGAAGUUCAGGAAUAAUGCAGGUGCCGUUAUUCCCUCAGAUAAAGUAGAGAGGCUGAUUGAAAUAGUGGAAGAAUUGGACAUCAACAGGGACUGCUCCAAUCUUCUCUCACAACUGCAGUGA